CGGCCGGAGUGCAGCAGCCCCGCAGUUUGUGGCCCGGGGCCGGGAAGGGUGCAAGCAGGUAGAAGAUGUGGAAGCUGGUAACCUGGCUGUCCCUGGUGACAGGGCUGGUGGUUGGAACUCAAUGCCCCGAUGGACAGGUGUGUCCUAAGACCUGCUGCAAAAAUCUAGAAAGAACUGGCUACCAUUGCUGUGAUUCAGAUUCACAGCCAUCCAUACCUAUAGCAGAGAAUGUACACUUGGGCCUCCUGUGCCAUGGUGAUUACCAUUGCCCCAUUGGCUUCUCCUGCCUCUUCACCCCUUUGGGGAACUACAGUUGCUGCCCCUAUCCAGAGGCUGUGGCAUGUGGUGAUGGGCACCAUUGCUGUCCUCGUGGCUUCCACUGCAGCCCUGAUGGGCAUUCCUGCUUUAAAGCAGAAGCUACCAGGCUUGGUGCCGUGAAAUGCCCAGAUAGCCAGUUCGAGUGUCCUGAUGAAUCAACCUGCUGCAUGAUGCAAGAUGGCAACUGGGGCUGUUGCCCCAUGCCCCAGGCUUCUUGCUGUGAAGACAAAGUUCACUGUUGCCCCCAAGGCAGCUUCUGUGACCUGGUUCAUUCCCGCUGCCUCAUAUCUGGUGGCACCUACCCAUUGGCACAAAAAAGCCCUGCUAAAAAGAUUCAGCAAGAAAAGGAUGUGACCAUGGCCACCAAUAAGCUGUGCCCAGAUGGCCAUUCCCAGUGCUCUGAUGGCUCCACCUGCUGCCAGCUGCCCAGUGGAUCAUAUGGCUGCUGCCCAUUGCCAAAUGCUGUCUGUUGCCCUGACCGCAUGCACUGCUGCCCCCAAAACACAGUGUGCGACUUGGAGAAGAGUGAAUGCCUCUCCAAAAACGGGAGUGCCUCUGGCCUUCUUGUCAAGCUGCCUGCAAAAACAGUGCAGGAGGUAAAAUGUGAUGGAGAAAUGAGCUGCCCAGAUGGCAACACCUGCUGUCGCCUGCAGACCGGAAACUGGGGAUGUUGCCCAUUUCCUGAGGCCACAUGUUGUGACGACCACAUACACUGCUGCCCCCAUGGCUACACCUGUGACACAAAGGCAGGCACAUGUAAACAGGGAGCCCACAAGGAACCGUGGCUGAAGAACACGAUGACUUCCCUCGCUGCUGGGCGCAGUGUUCCCUGUGACAACACCAGCAGUUGCCCCUCUGAGACCACCUGCUGCCUCCUGGAGUCGGGGGUGUGGGGCUGCUGUUCUGCCCCACAGGCCGUGUGCUGUCCUGACCACAAGAACUGCUGCCCCCACGGCUUCGUCUGUAGCCCAGAAGGGUGCAGGUCUGACCAGAAAACUGUGCCCUGGCUGGAGAAGAUCCCGGCCCAUCCAAGACCGGUUUCUGUCUCUGUGGAUUGUGACCAGCACACCAGGUGCCCAGACGGACAGACCUGCUGUCCCAGCCUUCGAGGGGGCUGGGCCUGCUGCCAACUGCCCCACGCUAUCUGCUGUGAGGAUCGUGAGCACUGCUGCCCAUCAGGCUACACCUGCAACGUGAAGGCCCGGUCCUGUGAAAAGCAAGGCUCAGCAAAGCCCCCCACCUCCUCUGUGCCCCUCCGAGUGGGGCUAGACAAAGGAGACGUUCAGUGUGAUGACAGGCACUUCUGCCACAGCCACCAGACGUGCUGCCGGACCAGUGGGGGAUUCUGGGCAUGCUGCCCAUUGGAUAAGGGUGUGUGCUGUGCCGACGGCAAGCACUGCUGCCCCUCUGGCCUCCACUGCCGGGCCAAGGGCACCAAGUGUCUCCGAAGGAAAAAUCUUCGCUGGGAUGUCCUCUGGGAGCUGCUAUGAGAGGGCUCGCCCCGAGGGCUUGCCAGUCUCAUCCAAUAGGACACAGCUGGUAGAGUAGAUGGCUCAGGCUUCCCCCACACUGGGUCAUCUUCUCCACUCCUUCCUCCUCAGAUUCCACAUCAUUAUGGUCAUUAAACUCCCUGGGAGGAACGCUAGCCUGUACCUUCUCCCCAGGCACCUCCCUUUCCCCCUCAGAUCACAGCCCCCCGGGAGGCUGGGAGGGGGCAGCUCAGGAGCACGAGGAAGCUCUCACGGUAGGAUUUUCCACGGCCAUUCAUCUCUUCGGUCUGGUGGGAUGAGGUUCCCCUGACUGGUAGCGCUCUGUUUGUCUCACUGCUCUUUCCUCCUGUGCCUGAGGCGGGUGUUUGAGCAGGGAUGAAAUGAAAUAAAAUUUAUACAGUUUGUUAA